AAAAGACUCUACUUGUCUAUAUGAGACUAUUCUAUUUUUUUUUCUUGAGUUUUUAGUGAUACCUGAUAAACGUAUACGUAGGAAAGACCGCAAAUUUGGGAGCGUGAGGGGAGUUAUGAAACAGGUUUAUUUGACGGGUGGUGUGACGCCGUGGUAGAAGAAUAUCCCCUAGGAGCCCCAGAGGUAGGCGAUUUCCAUAUGACAUAGUUGAUACAUAUCAAUCAAACAGCGAAACGGACUGGAUGCUAGUACAUGUUAGGAUUUUUUCUGAUUUUCUGUUUUUACUUGUGAGUUUUAAGGCAAAAUAACGUAUGGAUGAAUUACGCAUUAUGUAACAAGAUACAAUACAGUGAUUCCUGGAAUUAAAGCACUGUGUUUUUUUUACGCAAAAUACUGAAAUGUUAUUUUUAGGAUAGGAAACAGCAACAGCUAUGGAUCAUGGAUAUAUAGCAAAACGAGUGGAGGAUAAGAUCCCCCUUCCCACCCCUGUCCCACACCAUAGGAGGAACAAAUUUCGUGAGACCACCCGAUUUUACCAGUUUGCGUUAUUUUUAAUUCCUCUGGGGACGCUCUUCAUCGCUAUAGGCGUCCUUAUCCCCCACUGGCUGGCCGUGCAGAUUGUAAACUUUGUUACCCUUAAAGAGGAUUACAACAUAGGACUGUGGGAGAAAUGUGACACUCUCAAGGAAAAAUGUGAGAAACGCCUUGAUUCAUCCCUAAAAGACUUUGAAUUCACUGUGAGGGCCUUUGCUGUUUCUGGUCUGGUAGUGUCGAUCAUAGCCUCCGUGCUGAUUGUCCUGUGUGUGUUCGUCCCCAGAUUUGCAGAGCGAAUUUUGUUCCAUGUGCUCACUUCCGGAGUCUGUUACCUUGGAGCAUUCCUAUCUCUGUGCAGCAUCACCAUAUACGCCGCAGAACACAAGAUAAACAGGGCCUAUAUGUUGUCUUACUCCUUUUACCUCAUUCUAUUUGGCGCUUUCUUUGGGAUACUUUCCUCCGCCAUUUUGAUAAACGUUUAUGUGUACAGGAAAUGGAAAUACGAGAAAAGGAUGUUGAAAAUUACUCGUAGAGAUGUCCAUGUUCCAGGACAACAGAAUACACGAGCGGCUAGUGACUAUGGAGAUGAUCAGGACGAUGUGCCGAGCGAGAAGAGACGAUAUAGCGAUGAUGAUCGCUCCAGGUACAGCGACGAGAUGUCAAAACAAAGCGACAACUUUUCCGCUAAACAAAGCGAGAUUUGAAUGAGGAACUUCAUGUUUAGAAUACACGAUUAAGCCAUUCAGGGAUACCAUCGUACGUUAGUUACUAUGUGAAACCCUAAAAUAGCUGGCUUUAAUAGUCCAAAGAAACAAAGGAGCUCAUGGUGGACCCUUGUGUGUACAUUAAUAUAACGCCAGCAGCAUGUUGCCUAUAUUCUGUAGGUUUAUUCAGUAUUACACGGAGGAUAUUGGAAAGAUACAGUGUAACAUGUUACAGUUAUAUAUAUGCGUGAGUGGAUACUUAUAUGCGUGAUUUGUGUUUAGUUCAACAGCGCCGGGACGGAAUAAUUUUCAUGAUGUCUCAUUUAAACUUAUUUAUUCUUUGUGCAUAUAUGUUACACUUACAGACAAUCGGAAGCGUCCUGUCGCUGUAUUUAACGAUGUCAUAGAAAAUGUCCUAAAGAUCACCAUUCUUCAUCUUUUUCUUAAUGCGCAAUAGAUCUACUAAGAUUAAUUAAAUUCGCAGUGCUUAUUUUUCAUUGUUGCUGACAAGUGUUGACAAGUCAUGGAUGAGUUGAGUGCCGUUAUACUUUCGUUUUAAAAGGGCAUAUAAAGACUAUGUCGUUCACAUGGAAUAACCAUUUAUAUUAUAGAUGAUUUGAUAUACGGUAUAUGUGCUAGUAUUUUUAAAAGAAAAAAAACAUGAAAAAGUUCAGUUUUUCAAAUGACAAAAGAGUGCCUUUCUUCUUAAAGGACAUCUCGUUAAGCUUUCAAAGAAUAACAGCUGAAAUGUAGGUAAAAUGACCCUGGAUUCGUCACUGAGGAUAUGUUCAGACAAGGAAUUAAACUAUUUUGUCUGUAAAGCUAUUUUUCCCCUCAUGUAAAUAUCACUUGCCCGUACAUGCACUUCAGACAAUAGAUUUUGACAACGACACAUAUUUGUUUUUUCUUAAUUAUCAAAAGCAUAUUUCUGUGCACUGAUAAUAUAAUUAAGUAGAAUAGUCCUGAUAUAACGAUAUUAGCAUAUUGUAAUUUGAAUAUAUAUUCCAGUAUUGCGAUAUUCUACUAAAAUUAUUGCACACGCUCUACGUAAUUUAAAAUGAUAUACAACAUAAGCGUAUACCAAAAGUGUCAUAUUCAUAGUGGUGUAUAAAGUUAUACUGCCUAUAUUUCAUGCAUAUCAUAUUUGUUGUAUUUAUGUAUGUUAAAUGUCCAGUAACUAUAAUACUGGAUAGUAAUAAAACGAGAAAACAUU